UCAAAUAUGAAAGCGUCAUCUCCCGCGCGCAUGAGCUCACGCCUGUGGAAGUGCGAUGUGAUCUGACCCGAUGUGGCCUCGCCACGACCCGUAAACGCUCAUCACGUAUAGUAAUUCUUGGAUAAGUACGCCGGCGCAAUCGCAUGCUCCCCUUCAGCGGCAUCAGUUCACGCGAAUAGCAGUCAAGAUGGUCACCAGGCCCCGCCCCCAUUAGCGAUGGCCUCCCCGGGGCCUCCGGCGCCCCUCCUGUGCGUCCUGCUGUGGGUGUUGCUGGCACCCCAACGUUCUGAAAUGUGUCUGGCGUACGUGACGCACGACAGCUUCUUCUACUACUCGUGCAGCCAGGAGCCGCAAGCGUGCAGCGCGGCGUCGCUGGCGGCCUGCCGCUGCAGGACCAUCCCGCUGUCAACCCUGCAGCCCCCUUCGGCGACGCCGUACCCCUCGCCCAUGUUCCGCAUGCGGCGCCUGACCGUGUGGUACACGUCGCCCUGGAACACCGCCCGCCUGCUCAACAACUCAGAGGUGCACCACCUCACCCUGAUGGACUGCGGCGGUGAACUCGGGGAGGCUGGCGCCCCUUUUCUGGAGGGACACUUCACGGUGCAGCAGCUGGAGCAACUGAGUGUUAUAGACUUCCCGCAAAUGACACAAACCAAGACGGAGUCCGAGAGCGACAACGACCUCCAUUUUGACGCCGACAGGUGGAGACUGCGGCCUCCGUCCCAAGUGCAGAACAUCUUCCUGGGCCGGGAGUUGGGGGCGGCGUUCCACGAGCAGGCCCGGCUUGGCGUUAUUCACGGUUCGGUGUUGCGGGGCGGCGCGGAGGCCGUUAAGGUGUACACGGUGCAGACGCAAAUCGAUAGCGACGGCACGUUGCCGUUCCCCGACCUGCGGCUGCCCAAACUUCCGGUAACUUCCGUCAUCUACGUCAGCUUCGUGUACAGGAGGGAGCAGCACGAGGACUGAACUCAAAUAAUGCAAAUACCACAUCAUAACUGUAACAUAACGACAUAAUAAACAGUCGUGAAGCAACACCGAAGAAUCCUUCUCGUUAUGGAGUCCAAGCAAGAAUUUCUAUUUUUGAAGGCCCUCUCGCCACCGGUGUGGUAGCAAACAGAUGAGCAUUAAUUCAUAAUAAAUAAUUCAGGAAUAAAUAUAGCCCCAAUUGCUGCAAAAUAGCAGACAGUCCGAUAUCUCGAAUAGGUACAAGUUCACAAUUUUCAAGAUGUCUUGAAAGACUAAGGAUAUUCUUUCAAGAACCGAGCAAGAACCCAAUUAAUUUUGAAAUGUAUAAAUACGUCACAUUGCUAGCAAUACCAAUAGCAUAGCCAGUAUAGCUAGCAAAAGAAAAAAAUAUGUACGCUCAUGUAUGUAUGUUUAUGUAAUGUACAUUUAUUUUUAUUUAUGUACUGUAUUUAUGUAAUUUUUUCCGUUAUUUACUUGAUCAUUCAAAUUGAUCCAAUUAAAUAAUCGAUUACUCAAUUAAAAAAUAAACUGCACAGCUAAAAAAAAAAAAAUCACAUGCAUUUAAAGAAAUUUUAAUUUUGCUAAAUUCUGUAAAUGGUUAUCUUAUAUGAAAUUAAUUCUGAACUAAUAUUCAAAUGUUAGUACUUAAACGACCGCCAAAACCUACGUUUCGUUGACAACGAGAACCGUGAGUACUUCGUAGGAAGUUGGCCAAGUACAAACGUCAACUGAAACUUGCUUAUAGGCCCAGACCACCUUAGCUUAGCUGACUAACAACGAGAUGCGUUUGUGAUCAAACCUCGCUGUUGAAGAAACAUCGAACGUGAGUAACUUCAUAACUUGUACGACGAGGGGUGUGAGGACUUAUAAGAAAUUUAACAAGUCUUAUCUUAGUACAUCUUAGGACCCAAAUUGGUGCCGCAUCGUUCGCGUUGAAGCUGCUCGGCCUGAGUUAGCCUAGCGCGCUAACAACAUUCCCUACGUAGAGUAUUUCAACGAGGACCAAACAUCGAACGUGGACUCAACCGUCAACUACUAGAAUGAGGGCCAUUGUGGUUUGAAUCCCUCCCCUCCGCAUAUCCUUUAAAUCGCCAUAUCCUUUAUAUUUUCACACAGGUAGUUUGUGAUUUGUGCACCGUAUCUGCUGACUGUGUUUAUUUGGUUGUUUUUAUCUGACUUUAACAUUAACAUAGAUCAGGUAGUAUGUGAAUUAUGAAUCUUAUGUGCUGACUUUGUUUAUUUGAUGGCUUGUUUUGACAAUCUGCAUCCCGAAAGGAGGCCACAAUUCCUGUGCGUCCUGUAGGCCGGUCCCAAGCCCAGAUAAAUGCAGAGAGUUGCGGCAGGAAGGGCAUUCUGCUUAAAACUGUGCCAAACAUAUUUGAGCGUUCAUCAAAAUUGAAUGAAAUUAAUUCCCAAAAGUAUAAAAUAUUUUUAUUGUAUCAAUUCAAUGUUUUACAUUCUAUUUGCCUUGAAAAAAAAUUAUUUAUUGUGCAAACAUUUUUUGCUCCCUCCCCGAAUUUGACGCCCGAUGCAACGUGUCAGAGACCUCAGAGCACCAGCAGGGGGCAGCAAAUCCACGUAAGCCUCAAGCAGGCCUUUACACACAAGGGCAGCAUGGUGGGCCUCGUGUGUUUCACAGUGCUGAGGUUGAGGGUUUGAAUCUCGGCCCUUGCUGUGUGGAGCUUGUAUACCGUUCAUACGCGGUGUUUUUUCAGGUUUGCUGGUUUUUCUCCCAAUUUCCCUAAGUAAGCAAGAUGGGUUCAUCGAGGACAAAACCGGACUGUGAAUUGGCAGUUUACGUAUGUGCCCCCGCUAGUAGCGACCAAUCCAGGGUGCUCGAUCCAAAUCAGCCGGGAAACGCUGUGACGCGCUGCGUGCAAUUGCACGCACCUGCUGCCCGAGACCCGCGCGUUAUUAGCAUGACAAGCGCGCUAAACGCGCCGGCUGAUGCCGCCUGUUGAUCUCGCACCUGACAGGUUGAACCGGGCCGCAUUUGCGUAAGCGUUCAUACGCCAUACAAUUGCGAGUCGACUUUAUGAACGCUCAUUAUGGCCCCAGAUGUAAAUCGGCGCAGAUUUGCCCGUCUCCCGGCCACUAAAAUGUGUUUAUCAUCAGACGUUAUUGUUCGCCGGCCUCCUUGCGGGCGACGCGGCCAUGUUGGUCUGUUGAAAAGGGCAAAUCAGCCAUAAUUCAGUUUAUAAACGUCGGCGGGCGAGGAAGGGGGGGGCGGUCGAGGAGAGAAAUGCCUGCAUGAAUAUUCACGAGGGCCUCAAACUGCCGCGGCCGGUGAUUCAUUAGGCAUAUGUAAAUAUCACUCACUUUAAUUGCCCCUAAACCGACUCAACAUAAUGUUACCAUUAGCAAAUUAUUACUUAUUUGUGAUCCUAAACACUGUGCAGAGAUCAAGCCAUUGCAAUUGCAAUGAUUUUGAUUCACUGACAACCUCUGUUAAUCGUGUGUGUGUGUGUGUGUGUGUGUGUGUGUGUGUGUGUGUGUGUACGUCCCACCUUUAAUGUGCGCUCCAUUUGUCUCCAUGGGGACAUUUUGGCGAGUUAAAAUCCUAGCAUAGAAUGUUAGCAUGAGCGCAGAUUCCUCAUUCGACAUUUUGUGUGAACGUGCUUGUCUCUCUGUACAUGCGGGCACAACCGGGAACAACUCACCCUUACUGCUGAGACAUUUCAGAUUUAAGCAUCUUUGUGGGGGACUACUUUGAGUCAUUAAAAAGAGAAAAAAAGGCUAACAUGAGCUAAUUUGACAUGUUUGUAUGUUUGUAUGUCGUCCUCUCUUUCUGUAUUUGUAGGUGAAACCCUAAUCCACCAUUACUGUGCAAACAUUUAUCAAGAAAAACUUUUUUUUUUGUUGUUGUUUUUUUAUUCCCCAAUCGUGUUUCAAUUUAGUAAAUUACAUAAAGGUCAAGUGUCAUGAAAUGCAUGAUUUUUUAGUAUGUUAUUAAUGAAAAAACAGCAGCCAGUAUGGACCCAUCCGUUUUUUCACCACAAAACAUGAUUUUGACGUAGAUGGCUUUUUGUAACUCCCGCCAUGAAAAUGCUCUCGAGGGAUUCGUUUUCGAGAAGAAGAAGGAAGUGACGUACGGGGCAGGAGCGCCCUCCAGCGGACUUAUUUGUUUCUCUUAAUUUUACCUGCGGGAAGCUAGCUCGUUGUUCCUUCCUGUUACCCAAAAUGUCGCCUCAUAGUAUUGCUGGAUAUUGCUCGAAGGAUGGAUUUAUCCUUCAUAAGUUUCCAAGAAGCCCAGUUCGUCAUGAAAAAUGGAUUGCACGGGAGUAAAGGAUGAGAGCUUCAUGGGUCCCAAACGACAGAUAGGUGUGUAUACAGGUACUAAAAAAAAAAAAAUAGUUUGGGGCAGACCACGUAAUCUGUUUCUCAUAAUGUAACAAAAGAUCCGCGUACGUACGACAGGGGUGCUCAAUGUGUCAAUUUGCGUGUCGGCUAGCCGGCGAAGGCUGCCGUGUUGGGCUCGCGGACGGCGGCGGCAAUGAACAACGCUGCUGGCAAUGGUGCACUCAGCCAUGUGCGACGACAACACCGUAAAGCGGCCCGGCUCGGCACCGUGAUAAGCCACCUCGGCGCCAAAAAUGAGCCACACCGUCCGACAAGGUUGCCGGGUGGGAAGGCCGAGCCAGCCGCUGGCCUUGUCGGGCGGGGUGGCUCGUCACGGCCGCAAAAGUGGAUCGGACAGGGAGGAGGUUUGGCCGUGAUCCACAUAUAAUCUAAAUAUGGCUCGAAACUAACUUCACCCGGUUGUGAGAUGUUCUCUUCUUCGAAAAGAGCUCCCGUGUCAGAAGGGGCGUGUUCCUCUCCGACAGUAGGGGUCACAGCGUGCUUUCGGUGGUGAAUGUCCUAGUGUGACAUCACGGGCAGGAGAUGCAGCCAAUAUGGCGACCACUUGGAUGUCAAAUGACACUUCCGCAAAUUUCCGCAUGGAUGACACAUUCUCCGCUCAUAUUUAUUUUUUCGUAUAGACAUUGAAGUGAAUAAUGUUAUAUGUAUUUUUCAUUACAAUAUCUAUUUUAUAAUGUGGAUGACACUUGACCUUUAAAUGACAUUUUGGCUGGUUAAAAUACUAGCAUGUUAGCAUGAUCUCACUUUCCCAACUAACUGUUUAUUUUCUUGUCCUGUCUCGUCUUGUUUUUUUGGCUACGCGGGCUCAACCGCUGACGCCACUUUAGCCAAAUUGGAGAUUUUAAAUAUUCAUUUAAAAUACUAGCAUAAAAACAUGCAUGCCUGCAUGCAUACUUGCUUGUCUUUCUGCUUUUGGGAACAAAAUCCCUGACAUCAGGCUGGCCAACAAGAUAAAAAAAUGCACACAUGAGCUCGGACAAUUAAUUUGCAUGACACAUGGUGGACUUAAGUAUGAAUUCACAGGUGACAAACACACAUUGCAUAUAAACUGCUUCUGUCACCGGAAAAUGAUGUUGGCUGUCAUUAAUCUCCCCCCCCCCCCCCCCCCCCUCGGAAGGAAAUUGUCGUCUUUUCGCCUCAAAUUCGCCCGACUUUAAUUGACGUUACACUAAGUGUCUGAAAAACUCAUUAGGAAACAAAACAAAUCACCAACAAAUGACGGGCGAGUAAAUUAGCAUCAUUACGCUCCGCUACAACAGCUUGCGUCAGGAUAAACCAUCAAAAAUUUAAACAUUUCUGAAGGAGCGGGAUUUUUAGUCAUAAUCUCCGCUCCAGCUGUCUGAGUAUCAAUUAUUCAAAAAGUGUGGCACAAUCAAAUUUAACUGGACUUGCCUCUCCGCUGUAAACUCUGCCAAAUUAAAUGACUUCCAAAUAGUAUAUAAGCACUUUUUAUGGCGCGGUCGUCGGGCGCUGAUUUAAUAUACACUAUGUUUCGAAUUAAAGCCGCCCUGAAAUAUAGUCUACGUUUAAACUAAAAUCACACAAACAAGGAGGAUAAAUUUUACAAGAAAAUAAAAAAAAGGCAUCAUUGUAUUAUACUGCAAGUGAGCUCUAAAGACCAAACAAAUGUUAGUGCUGUGUAAACACACGAGGAGAAAUAUACAAACUUCAUGUAUACAAAAGCUAUAAAAAAAUAUCAUGGUACAAAUUGUUUGCGUUUUUUUUUUUUGUUUGUUUUGUUGUUUUUUUAAGCACCAAACUAAUCCUAUUGUUUUUUUUUCAAAUGUGCACUUUGCGUGUUUGUUUUUAGGAGCCCUGUGAUUAUACAUUAGUUAUUUUAUUUUUUAAUCCCUUUUCAUAUAUUCAUAUAUUCAGUAGGCUGCUACUAAAUGAAUGCAGUAAAAUGCAAUAAAUACAAAUACAGUAAAUGAAUACUGUAACUGGAAAAAAUGUAUUGAAGAAAUGAGUGGAAAUAAAUGGUAAACUGCGUACGCAACGAAUAUUAAUGUUUUUUUUUAUUACAAAACAAAUUCAAAUAAAUAAUGCAAAUGAAAAAUACAAAACAAAAAACACAAAAGAAAUUCAUGUAAAAGUAACAUAA